GGAAGUGGUGUGGCCACUGCUCCUGGAAGCCCAUCGACUGACCCACGGCCAGCUGCUUCAACUGGUCACAUUCUGCCUCUUCAAGGGGGCCCUGGAGGUAUAAAUAAUAAAGCAAGCCAGGCAGGUGCCUUUGGCCCUGUGGAUGUCGCCUGGAUGCACUGAUAAUCUCCAAGGACAAUGAACCUCGUGCUGGGCCUGGGCCUGUUUCUGGCAGGUCUUCUCACUGUGAAAGGUCUCCUGCAGGCAGAUGAUUCUCUAGAAACCUAUGGGACUCCACUCAAGCUCCAAGAGUGGAAGGGCAAGAAAGAUGCCCGAACACUUGGUCGACGCAACAUGGAAUUUGGCUUUAAGCUACUCCAGAAACUGGCUGCCAACAGCCCUCAUCAGAACAUCUUCUUCUCUCCAUUGAGCAUGUCUACUGCCUUCUCCAUGCUGUCUCUGGGGGCCCAGAACUCCACACUGAAGGAAAUCAAGGAAGGCUUCAACUUCAAGGAGAUGCCAGAAAGGGACGUACACUUGGGUUUCUACUACCUUCUCCACAAGCUCAACCAAGAGACACAGGAUGUAAAGAUGAACCUAGGCAAUGCCCUGUUCAUGGACCAGAAGCUGAGGCCCCAGAAGAGGUUCCUGAAACUGGCUAAGUCGGUGUAUGAUGCGGACAUGGUGCUCACUAACUUCCAGGACUUGGAAAGUGCUCAGAGGGAAAUCAACAAGUACAUCAGUCAGAAAACUCACAACCUAAUCAACAACCUGGUCAAAAGCAUAGACCCAGGCACGGUGAUGCUUCUUGCAAACUAUAUUUACUUUCGAGCCAGGUGGCAGUAUGAAUUCGAUCCAAAACAAACCAGAGAAGAAGAGUUCUUCGUAGAUAAAGGCAAGGCUGUGAAGGUACCCAUGAUGUUCCGAGGGGGCAUGUAUGACAUGGCCUAUGACAGCCAGCUCUCCUGCACCAUCCUGGAAAUGCCCUACCGAGGAAACAUCACGGCCACCUUCAUCCUUCCCGACAAGGGCAAAAUGAAGCAAGUAGAGCAGGGAUUGCAGGUGGACAUUUUUGCCAAAUGGAAAAGCCUGCUCUCAAAAAGAGUGGUAGAUAUUUGGAUGCCCAGGCUCCAUAUCUCUUCAACUUACAACAUGAAGAAGCUUCUCUCCCGCCUGGGCAUCAGCAAAAUCUUUGAGGAAAAUGGUGACCUCACGAGGAUCUCAUCUCAUCGCAGCCUGAAAGUGGGAGAGGCUGUGCACAAGGCUGAGCUGAAGAUGGACGAGAAGGGCAUGGAAGGGGCCGCGAGCUCCGGAGCCCAGACGCUGCCCAUGGAGACCCCCCAGAGGUUCAAGCUAAACAGCCCCUUCCUGAUGAUGCUGUAUGAGAAGUCCCUGCCUUCCAUGCUCUUCUUGGCCAGGGUUUAUGACCCUAGUGGGAAAUAAACGGGAAUUCUCUGUUGGC